GAAUUCAGCCCAGGACUACUUUCUUUAUAUGGAGCAAAGGCGUUAAUAUAAGUUGUGUUUUUGUUCUUAUUGUACUUGCACUUAUUUGUUUUGAGUCAUAUGAUUUAUUUGUUGUUAUUAGAGGAAAUGGAGGUGUGACUUAAUUUCCACAGUAAGCACAUAAACUAGUACAUUUCCCAGUAUUGAGAAGUUCCGGAAUCCUCGAGUGUCAUCGGCAUUACUUCCGCCUAUGUCCUGGAAAGUUGUUACACGUGGUAGGGAAUAAACGGAGGUUUCUAAUCACGGAAGACAAAGCGCGCUGUCUGCGUUGUCGUUUGUACAAAUAGUCCAGGUUUUAAAAUGGCAAAGAUUUUUAUUUUGAUGGUCUUUAUUUGGUCCUCCCUGACACUCCAUAGUGUGGGUGCUGUGUCAGAAACAGCCUCGACCAUGUGGCAAAGUGCGCACUCGGCUGUGAAGAGCCUGGGGGAUGAUGCUUAUUCCUAUCUGGUUUCCCUUUUAGGUAAACAAACAGUCGACACAAUGCAGAAGACUAUAUGGGAUGCUGUUAAAGUGGCAUCACAGGCUGUUGCUCAUGCUCUUAAUGUAGUGGCUGCCUACAUCACAGAUUUUCUCAGUGCUGCUGGAAUUGAGGCCAAACUGCCUGUAAAGCGCUUUACUCCUGAAGGGGUGCUGUUCGUGGUUCAGUGGGCCUUACUGGCUGUGCUUGGAUACUGGCUCCUGUCCAUGGUAGUUUGUUUACUUGUUGGUUUUGUUAGACGAACUUUAUUUCUGCUAAAAGUGACAUUUGCCAUUGCCACAUUCGGCCUGAUCAUGAGUGAUGGUGGAGCCAGUGCUGAAACCACAGCGAUGAGACUAGCUGGUCUGGUGUUCGCAUGUGUCCUGCUGGGCAUCGGACCUUCAUCUUUCAGAGGAGACCCCAAUGCCCAUCUGGUGCAAAAAGUCAAGGUGCUGGAGAGACGACUGAAAGAGAUGGAGAAGAAAAGAAAAGAUGAGUGAUUACUGUUAAAAUUCAGCAAAGAGUGGGGCAAGAGUAAACCUGGACCUGCUAGCUGUAAUAUACAGGGAUUCUGUUUGGGCUGAAUGGAUGUGAACAUUUCAUUGACUUAGUAAAGUGUUUUUCUUUGA